AUGGCACUACAGAAACCACAGAAUCGAAAGACCUGCCUUGUAACAGUGGGGGCGACAGCCUCAUUCGAGGAACUUAUUCGGGCCGUCUUGGAUAUAAAGUUCCUGGAGACUCUGAUCGCAUUUCACUACACACACUUAAUCGUUCAAUUUGGCAAAAAUGAGGCCAUCUUCGAUGACUUCUGCCAGCGUCAUCCGCCUGAUGACCAACUUCGCCGCGAUCUAAACAUCACUGGAUUUGCGUACAAGCAAUCCGGGAUGAGCGCUGAAUUUUCGCAGGCCCAGGGAGAUGUAACAGAAGGCAGAAGUCUUGGACUGGUCAUCAGCCACGCAGGAUCUGGUACCAUCCUCGAUGUGUUGCGACUUGGGAUUCCUUUGGUUGUUGUCCCAAAUCCUUCUCUUCAGGAUAACCAUCAGGAGGAGCUAGCGCGCGAAUUACAGAAGCAGGGAUAUGUCCUUGCUAGCCAUUAUAAGAAUCUUGUGCCUGCUAUAUCCCAAGCCGAGGAACUACGGGCUCGCAUGUUGACGUGGCCGCCUGUUCGCGGUCCUGGUCAGAAAGAUCUGCCGACGCUUGGGCAAGUGGUGGCUGACGAGAUGGGCUUUGUGGAUUGA